AUUUCUAUCCUCUGGAAAAAAUAGGACAGAAAGAGAAGAGAGAGAAAGAGGAAGAAGGGUGGAGGAGAGAGAAAGUGAGAGAAAUCGAAAUCUGAUAGUUGGAAUGUUGGAAAUGAAAAGCUGACAUUAUUUUUUGAUUGAAAUCUCCUAAUUCUUUUUUUUCCUGUGUUUAUUUUGGGGUUGAUCUUCUGAUAAAAUUUUCAAAUUCGAUCAAGAUUACAAUAAUCGAACUGAGAUUGAUGAAGGAGUAGUGGGACUUUGUUUGUUUUCGGCUUUUGAUUUGACCUAGGAGAGAGAAAGGAGGAGAAUAGAAGGAGAUAGAAAGCGAUGAACGGUGGCGAUGGAGGUGGCGGAGGUGGAGGUGGUGAAGUUUCCGGCGUUGGACCACCGCCAUCUCCGUUGGACUGGAAAUUCUCUCAGGUCUUCGGUGAAAGAGCAGCCGGUGAGGAAGUUCAGGAAGUUGAUAUCAUUUCAGCUAUUGAGUUUGAUAAAACCGGAGACCAUCUAGCUACUGGUGAUCGUGGGGGCAGGGUGGUUUUAUUUGAGAGAACAGACACGAAGGAUCAUGGUGUUAAUAGAAGGGAUAUGGAGAGGAUGGACUACCCAAUUAGUAGGCAUCCAGAGUUCCGAUAUAAAACUGAGUUUCAGAGUCAUGAGCCUGAGUUUGACUACCUAAAGAGUUUAGAAAUAGAGGAGAAAAUCAACAAAAUCAGAUGGUGCCAAACGGCUAACAGCGCAUUGUUUCUUUUGUCCACCAAUGAUAAGACCAUCAAGUUCUGGAAGGUCCAAGAAAAGAAGGUCAAGAAGAUAGCUGACAUGAAUGCGGACUCUUCCAAAUCUCCAGGUUCUGUUCCUAGUUCAGGUUUUCCAACCAGUUCCAAGCCGUACCUCGUGAAUGGAGGAUAUCCUGACAAAUUGCCCAACUCUAUGAAUGAUGAGUCUUUCCCACCAGGAGGGAUUACAUCUCUGCGGUUACCUGUGGUAGUCACCAGCCAAGAAACUAGCCUUGUUGCUAGAUGUCGGAGAGUAUAUGCUCAUGCUCAUGACUAUCACAUUAAUUCUAUUUCAAAUAACAGUGAUGGAGAGACUUUUAUAUCAGCAGAUGAUUUGCGGAUAAACCUUUGGAACUUGGAGAUCAGCAAUCAGAGUUUCAAUAUUGUUGAUGUAAAGCCCCAAAAUAUGGAGGAUCUGACUGAGGUUAUCACAUCAGCUGAGUUUCACCCUUCCCAUUGUAAUACGUUGGCAUAUAGUAGCUCAAAAGGAUCAAUCCGCCUCAUUGACUUGCGACAAUCAGCUUUAUGUGAUAGUCACGCAAAAUUAUUUGAGGAACAGGAAGCGCCUGGUUCGAGAUCCUUUUUUACGGAGAUCAUUGCUUCCAUUUCAGAUAUUAAAUUUGCAAAAGAUGGAAGACAUAUACUUAGCCGCGAUUACAUGUCUCUUAAGUUAUGGGACAUCAAUAUGGAUUCAGGUCCUGUUGCAACCUUUCAGGUCCAUGAGUAUUUAAGACCUAAGCUCUGUGAUUUAUAUGAAAAUGAUUCUAUCUUUGAUAAAUUUGAGUGCUGUCUGAGUGGCGAUGGGCAGCGAGUGGCAACUGGUUCUUACAGCAAUCUAUUCCGUGUGUUUGGUUGUGCUCCUGGAAGUACAGAGGCCACAACUCUGGAGGCCAGUAAAAAUCCCAUGAGGAGACAAGUGCAAACUCCGACAAGACCCUCCAGAUCAUCAUUGAGCAGCAUAACACGUGUUGUUAGACGAGGAUCUGAGAGUCCUGGUGUUGAUUCAAAUGGAAAUACUUUCGACUUCACCACAAAAUUGCUUCACCUAGCUUGGCACCCAUCAGAAAACUCAAUUGCUUGUGCCGCAGCAAACAGUUUGUACAUGUAUUAUGCAUAAAAGAUGGAGCUGGAGGAUGGUAUAUUGUUACUUGGCUAACUUUUUUGGGGUUGAUAUCUGAGAAGGGCAGAAGGCCAUUUCCCCCACCUCACAGCACACCGACAGUAAAUUAAAUGUGGCCUGUUUGCUCUUUGUUGAUUCAAAAGUGCCUCUUAAACUUACUGCAGCUGCUCUCACAGAUUUCGUCGAGGUCAUUUUCAGGUCACAGCUCUGAUUAUUUAUAACCACCGGCCACAAAUUCCUUUUUGUUUAUUAUUAUUUUUAGCCAUGGCUGCUGCUAAAAAAAAGAUAGGUGCAGCUCUGUUCUUCAAUAUGUGUUGGUGGGGAAAUUUGUGUUUGUAGCUCUCCUACAACCAAAAACUAAUAUGGGAUGUUUCAUAUUGCCACUAGAAGAAGUCUAAGAAGACGAAUGUAGCCUGCCUCUUUCCUUCUUUUCCCCCUUUUUUGACCUUAAAAUGUUGGUGAGAAAGGAGCUGUUUAAAACAAACAACUAGUGAAUUGAUUUAUUUAUUUCUUUCAAGUAUGAUUAGUACAAUUUUUUCUUCUCUUCUACUUAUUUUUUUUCUGGGGGUAAUUAUUAUGAUAAUAACACUUUAGAGGAUACUUUUGUUCUUAUCUGACACUGUUGUAAUAUUCAGAUAGUAAUUAUUUCUUCCAAGGAUCA